UUUGGCGUUGGCAGCCCAUCUCGGUCAUUAUUAAAUUUCCUUGCAUAGACGUUCCUCUUAGGCAUUCCAUAUCGUAUAAUAUCAUGUUUUGUUCGUAUUUUGGGGGCGAAGAUCGGUGUUUAAAACGUUGUGACAUCUACGAAUACUGGGUGCUGAUUAUCGAUUGGUGAUAACGCAUCGAGCUUGGGCUCUGGGUUCUGUCUGUUCGUGGCUCUGAUAUCGGCCAAAACACGCCCUUUCAUUGUCGUGAUUUAGUAUAUAGUGCUUUCCACAGGCCCACACGCACCCAUGAUACAUGCACGGCGUUCCGAGGGCGUGGUAUUUGCCGCAAGGACUGCUCAUAUAUAAGCCUUCCAGUGAUAGCGUGUACGCGCGUUGCUACUCCCACUGACUUCUGCCCACGCAUUUCCACUCUAGCAUACGCACAGCAGCUCAUGACGUGGAGCAUACCUACUUGGGUGAAGAGUCCGUCUCCAAGUUUGCUAUGGUGGUUUUUACUCUCCGCUCUACUCCUGACUCCUCUAUUCUUCUAUGGAGGGAGCCUCACACCUCAAGAGACGGCCCCCAGAGGUCAACAAAGGCGCACACCUCCAAGGACACUACCAAGAAAUGUUCGCCAUACUCUUCGGGGCAUUGGGCACGCAUUGGUCGAGAAAAUGUCUGCCACACACGUAAGGCCAGAAAAGCAGCUCAAAUCUUUGCAAAGUGCCCUCCAGUCACAACACAAGCAGUUAUAUGGCCUUAUUAUCGGAAUCGAUAACUACCUGUCUCCAAAAAUUCCAGACCUAUCCGGCGCCGUCGCUGACUCCGCUGCCGUACGCGCCUUUCUCUCAAAUAAUCAACACGUAAUGGGCUACUUUACGCCGCACUUAAAAUACUUGAGCAACCAAGAUGCGACGCGGAAAGCUAUCAUCCGAGAGCUCCAAGCUUUACGUUCGGACAAGAGGAUUCAGCGAGGCGAUCCUAUAUUGAUCUAUUACGCCGGCCAUGGCUCGUCCACGGUCUCACCUGUCAAGUGGACACGCACAGAAGAUCAAAAGGAGAACGGUAACAUCCAGUUCAUUGUCCCUUAUGAUUGCGACGAAUGGGUGGCAGGAAUACCAGAUCGAACCAUCGCAGCAUGUUUGGAUCAUUUGGCUGGGGCAAAGGGCGAUAACAUCACCGUCAUCUUUGACUGCUGCCAUUCAGGUUCUGGUACUCGGAACAUCGGGGACUCACAGAAUUGUCGGGAGCGCUUCGCCGACCUCCCUACCACCAACAUUCCUGCGGACCUCGACGCGGAUAUCUGGCAGAACAUUUCGACGUCUGAAGGCGAGGAAGGUCUUUCUCGUGGGGAUAAGCUUGCGCCGAAGUUUGCCCAUAGAGCUUUGAGAUCGCAUAUGCUGCUUGCCGCCUGCGGAGUGCAGGAGUCUGCGUUGGAGGUGGACGGAAGAGGCGUGUUCACGAAGGCGUUGCUUGAGACGCUUGAGCAGGUCAUGAGCGAACGGGUUAGUUAUGAAGAGCUCAUGUGGCGGAUGCCGGACCUUUCGGGGCAGAACCCACAAUGCGAAGGGGUGAAUCUCAACCGCAGGUUAUUCUCCACAGAACCAGCCCCUAGCUCCCACCUCGCUCGCUCCCUUGGCCCGUCCUUCGCUCUCAUCGUUCGUAGCCCUCAGGGUCAGCUCGAGAUCGGGGCCACCCCGUCCCUUCCUGGUCAACAGUUUCCAGCGAGGCAAGACGACGAGAGUGUGACGCGUUUUUGCAUUGAACUUGGUCCUGGCCUAGACGAAGUAUUCGAACGCUUGAAAGGGGCGUGCGAUGCGGACAAUCUCACUACCCAUCUCAAAAGUUCUGGGGAUCCAGACUACGGUCUACAACUCAUCGAAGCGGACAUCAUUGUCUCCAUCCUCAACGGCCGCGCUGUUUUCGAUGACCUUACCGGGUUCGGCUCCAGCCCUCCCAAAGCAAGCAGGUUCAAACGUCUUCCCAGCACUUCCGAACCCGACUUCGACUCUCUCUACCCCAUCAUUUCCGCCGCUGCACACUGGUACCACCACCUUCGCAGGCGCCCCACCAAUAGCGCUCUAUCGCAUUCCAGAGAAGUCAGCAUCGAAUUUAUGGAGCUUUCGGAGACGAGCGAGUAUGAUGCGAUGUUGAUGCCAAAGCUCGGCCCAUCCACUGAAAAUCUCAUCACCCAAGACGCCCAAUCUCGAAACAUGGUAGAUAUCGUGGUGGAAGAAGAGACGCUCUACGGGCAGAAAAUCAGGAACACAUCUCAGCACGCCCUAUAUCCAUAUCUCUUCUACUUCGACAACAGUGACUUCAGCAUCAUGCCCUACUACCUCCCUCCCAUCUCUACAUCCGGUGGCACACCAGACCCUCCACUUCCUGCCAAUGGUUACCUGACCAUCGGUUACGGCUCCGGAGGAGCGUCACCUCACCAAUUCUUCCUCCGUGAAGACCAAGACGUUGAUGUCGGUCACCUCAAACUAUUCCUGACCACGAAAUACGUAGACUUAUCGUUCGUCCUCCAAGAGACGCCUUUCAACACGGAUGUUCAGGGGCGUCACAUAAACAAACCGAAGGCAAGGGCGAAAAAGAUUCAGAGUCCGCUGUGGGAUGAGAUCACGGUUACUAUCGUGCAGAGGGCAGAGGCGUGAAUACCAACAUCGACGCGGUCGUGUUGAUGACGAAACUGGUUCCUUUCUCACUAUUAUCUACCUGGGUUGACGAUGUGCGCCGCGUUGCGGGUUAUGUGAAGCAGACUUGACAUUGAGCGACGCUUGUUCAUGUGUCUUUAUUGAGCGCUCAGUAUCCACGACUAGUCCUCGUCUGCUCAUAAUAUUUACACUUCGCGUCCUGUAUCCCGAUUGACAGGCAUUUGUACACCUUCAC